UGUCCGUUUAUUCAUUGUACGUUGUUUGUUUGCGCCCACGCGUGUUUAUAUUUUGGUGUGUAACCGGAAGAAGCAGCGAUGACGUCACACAGCCGCUUCAGUGCAACCUGGGUUCAACCCAACAUGGCGGCGCCCUUGCCGAUGUGCUGAAGCAGUAGCUGUCGGAAGAAAUUCUCGGCUCCGCGUGCGAUUUUCGUGGAAGCCGUCGAACCGAAUCGGCUCCCAGGGCCGGUGGUUUGUAGGAGACCACAGCGGGACCCCCGUUACGGCCGAACCGGUCCGUGUGUUGGCGUGGCUGUGGCAGAGAGUCCGUGUGAAGAUGGGCCUCGUCUCCUGCUCCUUCCCAUAGCGAAGAGUGGGGAGAGGAGCCGCACGUUCCCCUGCAGACACACUCCUCCGGUCCACUUUCACGGCUUUAAUCUCCUGUACCGGCUCUGGACGCUGCCCUACACCUUCCUGACCAGGAUCAUCUGCGCCACCGUGUCUGUCAUCGUCCGGAGACGGAGAGCAGCUUCCCCAGCCCGGGUCGAUCUUCCCACAUCACCGACAAGGGCUCUGAUGAAAAUGGACUCGGACUUGCUCCACUCGCCGGCCGUGGGCCUCGCUGAGGAAGAGGAGGCCGACAUGAACGACUGGAAGCUUCCUCUGGCCUUCAUGAAGAAGAGACACUUGGAGAAGAUCGAGGGCUCCAAGGCUUUGGCACAGAGCUGGAGGAUGAAGGACCGGAUGAAGACGGUGAGUGUAGCGCUGGUGCUCUGUCUGAACGUUGGAGUGGACCCUCCGGAUGUGGUCAAGACGUCCCCCUGUGCCCGACUGGAGUGCUGGAUAGACCCUCUGUCGAUGAGUCCACAGAAAGCCCUGGAGACCAUCGGAGCAAACCUACAGAAGCAGUAUGAAAACUGGCAGCCCAGGAACUACACCCAGUACAUCCCGCUGUCCAUCUAUGACCUGCAGACCUGGAUGGGGAGCCCGUCCAUUUUCGUUUACGACUGCUCCAACGCCGGCAUCAUCGUCAAGUCGUUCAAACAGUUCGCCCUGCAGCGGGAGCAGGAGCUGGAGGUCGCAGCCAUCAACCCCAGCCACCCCCUGGCUCAGAUGCCCCUCCCCCCCUCCAUGAAGAACUGCAUCCAGCUGGCUGCCUGCGAGGCCAACGAGCUGCUGCCCAUGAACCCCGACCUCCCCGCCGACCUCUUCACCUCCUGCCUCACCACGCCCAUCAAGAUAGCACUGCGAUGGUUCUGCAUGCAGAAGAGUGCCAAGCUGGUGCCGGGGGUGACGUUGGACCUCAUUGAGAAGAUCCCUGGCAGGCUCAACGACAGACGCACGCCGCUCGGAGAGCUCAACUGGAUCUUCACCGCCAUCACCGACACCAUUGCAUGGAACGUGUUGCCCAGAGAUCUGUUCCAGAAGUUGUUUCGUCAGGACUUGCUGGUGGCCAGCUUGUUCCGUAACUUCCUGCUAGCCGAGAGGAUAAUGAGGUCGUACAACUGUACUCCAGUCAGUAGCCCCCGUCUGCCCCCCACCUACAUGCACGCCAUGUGGCAGGCCUGGGACUUGGCCGUGGAYAUCUGCCUCUCUCAGCUGCCCACCAUCAUUGAAGAGGGCACCGCCUUCAGACACAGUCCGUUCUUCGCUGAGCAGCUGACAGCGUUUCAGGUGUGGUUGACAAUGGGUGUGGAGAACAGAAACCCUCCUGAGCAGCUCCCCAUAGUUCUGCAGGUACACACACACACACACACACCACCACCACCACCAUAUCUUUGGUAUGCAUCAACUACGUACAUUAAACAGCGCACUAUGACUUCAUUAAAGCAUCURUCCCAACCUGAGAUAAAAGAAAAGGCACCAAUAAAAUGUUUUUUUUAUCAACAACAGCACAAUGCUGCUGAGGGAUGGAAGCCCUCUUCCACCUCAGAAGCAGGAAUCUCCUGCGUGGAAGUUCACUUCUCUGCACUUUGGGCUGAUUUUCUUUAUUACAGCCCUGCAGGCUGUGUAGUGACAGGAGCUGCGGCUGCCGCCGAGCCGCUGGUGUUGGAUUUGAUGCCGCUCUCCGGUCCUCCCACCUCCACCGCCGUCUUCCCGCAGGGUUGUGCGGUCGAGGCGUUGUAUUAUAUCAAAGAACAGCAGCGGCAGAGGCAUGAAGCUGUCUGCGCUGAAUGUGUCGUUGUGUGUUUUGUUCACUUCCAGGCCCUGUCUGUAGGGAUUUUCCCGUAUGUGCUAAAGCUUCUUCAGAGUUCAGCCCGAGAGCUGCGACCGCUGCUGGUUUUUAUUUGGGCUAAAAUCCUGGCUGUGGACAGCUCGUGUCAAGCAGACUUGGUAAAAGACAACGGACACAAGUACUUCCUGUCUGUGUUAGCCGACAGCUACAUGCCUGCUGAACAUCGGACGAUGGCUGUCUUCAUUUUAGCCGUUAUCGUCAACAGCUACAACACAGGCCAGGAGGCCUGUCUGCAGGGGAACCUGAUCGCCAACUGCCUGGAGCAGCUGUCGGACCCCCACCCUUUGCUCCGCCAGUGGGUGGCCAUAUGCCUGGGUCGCAUCUGGCAGAACUUCGAACCGGCGCGCUGGUGCGGAGUCCGAGACAGCGCGCACGAGAAGCUCUACACCCUGCUGUCGGACCCCAUUCCUGAGGUGAGGUGUGCAGCAGUCUUUGCUCUGGGAACGUUUGUUGGGAACUCGGCUGAGAGGACGGACCACUCCACCACCAUCGACCACAACCUGGCCAUGAUGCUGGCGCAACUCAUCAACGAUGGCAGCCCGGUGGUCCGCAAGGAGCUGGUGGUGGCGCUCAGUCACCUGGUGAUUCAGUACGAGAGCAACUUCUGCACCGUCGCCCUGCAGUUCAUAGAAGAAGAGAAGAACUACGCCGUUCCGUCACCGGCCACCAUCGCAGAACCYGGUAACCUGACUCCGGUGAGGGACAGCCCGGCCAUCCCUCGCCUGCGAUCCGUCAACUCCUACACCAACAUCCGAGCUGUCACCACGGCCCGCAACCUGAACAAAAGCCUACAGAACCUCAACGUCAACGAGGAAGGUGUACCCGCAGCCUUCUCCCCUGGAAACCUGAGCACCAGCAGCAGCGCCAGCAGCACGCUGGGGAGUCCCGACAACGACGAGUACAUCCUCUCCUUUGAAACYAUCGACAAGAUGCGACGAGUUUCCUCGUACUCCUCGCUCAACUCCCUAAUAGGUGUGUCCUUUAACAGCGUUUACACUCAGAUCUGGAGAGUUCUGCUGCACCUGGCUGCCGACCCGUUCCCAGAGGUUUCUGAUCUGGCCAUGAAGGUCCUCAACAGCAUCGCCUACAAGGCGACGAUGAACGCCAGACCUCAGAGGAUCCUGGACUCAGGGUCUCUCACACAGUCGGCGCCGGCCAGCCCCACCAGUAAGGGCACACACAUCCACCAGGCGGGUGGCUCCCCUCCCAUGCCCAGCACCAGCAGCUCCAGCCUGACCAACGAAGUCCCCAAACCUGCCGCCAGAGAGCCGCCAGCGUCCCGCCCCCCCUACACCCCGACGUUGGGGGGGCAGGCGCCGCACUCGCACCAGUUCCCCCGAACCCGCAAGAUGUUUGACAAGGGCCCGGAGCAGGCAGCUGAAGAYGGCGAGGAGUCGGGGGGCCACAGGAACUACAUCAGUCCAGCCCUGCAGACGGGUCUGUGUGNGCUCAGCCUGUCAUGAAGGUGGGUGGCAGAACCAGAACAAAAGAUCCCAGAGGAACACGACUCGGAGAGCCAGGUGAGGAUGGAGCGUCAGUGGAGGUUCCUGAGGAACAAUCGAGUGAGGAAGCUGAGUCUAGUUAUCACACAAAAAGGUAUUUCUCGCCUGGAUGAUCAAAUAUUCAUCAACCGUAACCCCGGCGUGCCUUCUGUGGUGAAGUUUCACCCCUUCAACACCUGCAUCGCUGUGGCCGACAAGGACAGCAUCUGUUUCUGGGACUGGGAGAAGGGCGAGAGGCUCGACUACUUCUACAACGGAAACCCUCGUUACACUCGCAUCACGGCCAUGGAGUACCUGAACGGACAUGACUGCUCACUACUCCUCACAGCAACAGACGACGGAGCGCUGCGAGUCUGGAAGAACUUCGCCGACCAGAAGAACCCAGAGAUGGUGACGGCGUGGCAGGGCCUCUCCGACAUGCUGCCAACCACCAGAGGAGCUGGGAUGGUGGUGGACUGGGAGCAGGACACGGGUCUCCUCAUGACGUCUGGAGACGUCCGGAUCGUCCGGAUCUGGGACACUGACAGGGAAAUGAAGGUCCAGGACAUCCCGACCGGAGCGGACAGCUGCGUGACCAGCCUGUCCUGCGACUCGCAGCGCUCGCUCAUCGUCGCCGGUCUGGGUGACGGAUCCGUGCGGGUAUUCGACCGCAGGAUGGGCCCCAACGACUGUCGGGUGAUGACCUACAGGGAACACGGAGCCUGGGUGGUUAAAGCUCACCUGCAGAAAGAAACAGAUGGAAACAUCAUCAGCGUCAG